AUGGCCGUCUUCCUCGCCGCUCCCGCGUCGCGCGCGUGCGCGACGCGACGAGUCCUCGCGCGAAGCGCGUCCGCGACGGCGACGCGCGCGCGCGCGGCGCCGCGCGUCGCCGCGCGUCGCGAAGUGAGAUCGUCGUCGUCCGCGAGCGCGCGCGGCACCGCAGAUCUUCUCGGGUUCGGGUUCGCGCGCGCGGCGUCCGCCGGACGCGUCGCGCGCUCGUCCGCCGCGGAGACCUCCGGCGACGCGGAGACCUCCGGCGUCGUCCUCCUCGACCCUCCUCCCGCGCCCGCGCCCGUGCCCGCGCCCGCGGCGGCGCCGGCGGCGACGACGACGACGCCGCCCGUCGACGCGUCGCAAACGUCGCUUCGACGCGUCGCGCGACACGUCCACCGCGAGGCGGAGUACGUCUUCGUUCGAUUCUCGCUCCUCGCGACCGGCGCGUUCGUCCUCAUCGGCGUCUGCGCGUCGCUCGCGCUGUCCGCGCUGCUGUUCAGCAUGGGCGUCAAGGAGGUGCUCUACGAAGCCGUGGGCGCGUGGAUGCAAUUCUCGCCGGUGGGGCUCGUCACCGCCGCCGUCGGCGCGCUCGACCGCUUCCUCCUCGGCAUGGUCUGCCUCGUCUUCGGCCUCGGAAGCUUCGAGCUGUUCUUAGCGCGAAGCUCGAGGAAGGAAGAGCAGCAGCUCGCGAAGCGCGUGAACAAGCCGCUGUGGCUGAGAGUGCGGAGCAUAGACGACUUGGAGCACAAGGUUGGCGAGAUCAUCGUCGCGGUGAUGGUCGUCAACCUGCUCGAGAUGUCGCUGCACAUGACGUACUCCAAGCCCGUGGAUUUGGUGUGGGCCGCGCUCGCGGCGUUGGCGUCCGCGGGCGCGCUCGCGCUCCUGCACUGGAGCUCGGAGAAUCACUGCGGGAAGGACGACGACGCGCCCUGCGCGGUGCACUGAGUCGUCCUCUCGCCGCCGUUUGUAGACGCGUGCGCGCGUUCGUUUGUAAUUUCAAUUUUCAAGUCUACCG